CGUUCAUAAAUCCAAUAAAAAUGUGGCGAUUUCUUGUACUCGGUUUUUUGACAGUAGCUGUGACAGGUCAAUUUCAGGCCCAACCAUCUGGUAGAAUUUUAGAACCCCCAAUUCCUCCACUUUGUGCUCAAAGAACUAUCCAUGAGAGAUUCAAUGGAAAAGGAUAUUAUUAUUCUUGGGCAGAUCCUAGAACAGCAGGCCAAGAGUUAGAUUGGUUAUCUGGAAGAAAUUUCUGCAGACAGCGAUGCAUGGAUCUAGUUUCAUUGGAAACUUCUACCGAAAAUGAAUUCAUCAAAAGCCGAAUUGUCCAAAAUAAAGUUAAAUAUAUCUGGACUUCUGGACGACUAUGUGACUUCAAAGGUUGCGAUCGGCCCGAUCUUCAACCAUUGAACGUUAACGGUUGGUUUUGGACUGCUGAAUUACAAAAGCUUGCACCCACAACUGAUCGCAGUCAAAACGACUGGUCUGAAAGCGGAGGUAUUGGUAAACCUCAGCCGGAUAAUCGUGAAGCAAUCCAAAACGGAGCCCCUGAAAAUUGUCUGGCAGUACUUAAUCAAUUUUACAACGACGGAGUUAAUUGGCACGAUGUUGCUUGCCAUCACAAAAAGCCGUGGGUGUGCGAAGAAAAUGAUUCACUUCUCAAAUACGUUAGAUACACUAAUCCUAAUUUGAGAGUGUAAUUUUUCCAGAAAAAUCAUAAAUACAUAUUUAUAUACAUAUUUAUACGUUAAUAAUUAAACAGCUAAUUUACAGGAAGCAACCAUUAGAAAAAAAA